AUGGAGGGAAUGCACCAUGGUGGUCAUGGAGGCCGACCGCUUCAAUCCGUGGCAUUCCCGGAUAUGGAUUCCCAUAUGAUGUCGGACGACUUCUCCUUUGGCUCCCCCUUCAGUCCUACGAGUUCCGCUGCCCAGGACGGCAUGCUCAAUGACCCCAUUUUUCCUGAGUGGAGGAGUGGUGCCCCGCGCGGUGGCGACAACCCCGACGAAUUGCAGCGGCAAGACCCCUUGGCCGCUCAGAUUUGGCGGCUUUACACCAAGACCAAAGCCAACCUGCCGAACCAGGAACGUAUGGAAAAUUUGACCUGGCGGAUGAUGGCUAUGAGUUUAAAACGCAAGGAACGAGAACAACUUCGGUCGUCGCAAGCCAAUCAACAGACCACCAGUCCUACCCCGAGCGGGAUCGCGCAGUUGCAUUUGUCCGACCAGGCGUCGACAGAUAACUCGAACUCCAGCAUGAACAUCGAUUCCACUCCGGAUGCUAUGAACUUGGAUGACUUCAUUGUCCCCUUUGACUCCCCCGUUGAUUACUCGUCCCACGCUCCUAUAGACCGUCAAUUUACCGCGACACCCACCGCUUCCAUCCCGAUCAAAUCGCGCAAGGACCAACCGGUCGACGCAUCCGUCGCAGCGUCAUUCCCACACCCUCCCCAGGAGCAGCGCAAGAACAGCGAGUUCGGGUACGUACCACGUCGGGUUCGUAAGACUAGUGUGGAUGAACGCCAGUUCUUCGCUGGACUGGCGGUGCCGACGCGCAAACGCCCAGCCGAUGCAUCCCCGCAGGUGCCUCCCGUAUCGAACGCCAUGCUAGCGCAACAUUCUGAAUUGUCGGCUGCUGGACUGCCGGAUUACUCCCUCGAUCACUCACCAGCCGGUUUUGCCAUGCCGACCAACGGGAUGGGUCCUCGGCGUCAUCACCAUCAGCAUACAGCUUCGUCUGGCCUUCCAUAUGGGCUAGACACCUUUGGUGUGGGUGACGAAAGCACAGUCAGCUCCGCAGGCCCUUACCAGCAACACUUCACAUUUUCUCCUUCCGAUUCCCCUAUGACUGCUGGCAACCCAUUCUCCAGCUUGUAUGCACAGACCCCACUAGCGACGUCUCUCAACUCCACUGAGUUCUUUUCUCCGCCACCAUCCGGAUACCAGUCUGCUGUUUCAACGCCUCAGCCGAUCUAUGAAGGCGAACAGUCUAUUUUCUUCUCUGAUGCACCGUCGGCAGAUUCUCAUAACCAGCGCCGCAUUCCCACAUAUCUGCAGCAACGGUCCUCCAACCUGUCUGCGUCGCUGCAGCCUCGCCAGAUGUAUAACGGUAACAACGGGGAUUACCAGUCGCCUGUCAAUGGCCCUCCCACGACCAUGGGUUUCUCUGUUCCGCAGCAGCAUGUUGACCCCAACCAAGUGCUGGGCCACGAAUAUUCCUCGACCGCACCCAACAACAGCAUGUUCACAUUCGGUGGGGAUUCAGAUAAUGAGGACGAUGAUGGCCAGUCAUAUGAGCGUGGAGGUAUUGCAAUGCCCCAUGACUUCUCAUCCAUGGAUGAGACUGGCGAUAUGAAUGCCGGUCUGAACUGGGAUACAGGAUUCCCAGGCUCUGUUCAGUCAUUACCAGGAUUCGCUGGCCAACAUCGCAAGCAUGUCACCAUUGGCUCUACUGACAUGAUGGAUGGUCCAUCUGAGUGGCAUCAUGCAGGCCUCGGUCGCGGGCAUGGCUCUGCAGCCUCCGUCAGCGAGGUCCGUAAUCGCGAGCAAGACCCUCGCCGUCAAAAGAUUCCGCGCACGGCCUCGACUCCCAAUGCUCCUGGGCUGUUGCGCCAGAGCAUGAAUGGCGCUGCUAGCGGUCCGCCAACGAAUCACCCAUCUCCUAAUACCCCACCUGAGUCUGGCCUCAGCAGCGCCGUUCCUUCUCGGCCAGCCAGUCCCGGCGGGUCUAAGAACGGUGACCCUAAUGCAGGACCAACUACCUGUACGAACUGUUUCACCCAGACUACUCCACUAUGGCGUCGCAAUCCUGAGGGCCAGCCCUUGUGCAAUGCCUGUGGUCUGUUUCUGAAACUCCAUGGUGUGGUUAGACCCCUGUCGCUCAAGACCGACAUCAUCAAAAAGCGGAACCGUAGCAGUGCCAACAGCUUAGCUGUUGGUACUUCUCGCUCAUCCAAGAAGUCUUCUCGGAAGAACUCUAUUGUACACGCACCCUCUAGCGCCGUUGCUUCCCGCGCGCCAAGCAACAACGCUUCAGAAUCGCCACCUGCGAUCAUGGGAUCAAGCCUUUCCGGGAAAUCUGGCGUCGUCCCCAUUGCCGCCGCACCGCCUAAGCCCGGUCCUCCAGCUGGAGUUUCUCAGGCCCGUGCCGGUGUGCAGGUAGCUCCCAGAAGGCAGCGUCGCCUUGAAAAGGCACCUACUGGAUCCGAGCCAGAUACGGAUGACAGUCCCAAGGCUACUGCGCCUUCUCGAUCUAAGGUGGUGCCAUUGGCUCCGGCCAUGCAUCCUGCAGCUGCCAACCCCGCCAAUCACAGUAUCGCUGGCGGACAAGGUGCAAGCCAAGAAUGGGAGUGGCUGACAAUGAGUCUUUAA